UCUUGUAGCCGCCCCAUCGUCCCUACUGUCGCCCCACCACCACGGAGGGCUACGCUCAAUCUAUUGCCUUUCCUUGUCUCGUCGUCGUCCUCGUCCCUCUGGGUAUAACGCUGCCUCCAGGUAGCCUCCGGAUCGUUGCCAGUGUGUAGCGUGCUCGUGGGUUGCGAGAGAUUGUGAGGAUUUGAGUAAUUUCGCGUUUCGGUAGCUGUGGAGAGCGCGCAUGGGUUUGUUGGGCUUGGUUUUUUUGGGUUGGUUUUGAGUUAGUUGGGUUGAGGUUUGCGUUUGUGGAGAAAAGGGUAGAGGAUUGAGAGCGUGAGAGAGAGAGAGAGACGGACGCGAUGGAUAUUCCGAGCAUGCAUGACCACGACCGGUAUGAGCUGGUGAAAGACAUUGGGUCGGGGAAUUUCGGGGUCGCCAGGCUCAUGCGCGAUAAGAAGACCAGGGAGCUCGUUGCUGUCAAGUAUAUCGAACGCGGGGAGAAGAUUGACGAAAAUGUCCAGCGGGAAAUUAUCAACCACCGGUCGUUACGCCAUCCCAAUAUAGUGCGAUUUAAGGAGGUCAUGCUGACUCCAACCCAUUUGGCUAUUGUUAUGGAAUAUGCUGCUGGUGGAGAACUUUUUGAGCGAAUCUGUAACGCAGGCCGCUUCAGUGAAGAUGAGGCUAGAUUCUUCUUCCAGCAGCUAAUCUCGGGAGUGAGCUACUGUCAUUCCAUGCAAAUCUGCCACCGAGAUCUGAAGUUAGAGAACACGUUGCUUGAUGGAAGCCCAGCUCCUAGGCUGAAAAUAUGUGAUUUUGGAUAUUCGAAGUCCUCCUUGUUGCACUCGCAACCCAAGUCGACCGUGGGAACCCCUGCCUACAUUGCCCCAGAGGUUCUGUCGAAGAAAGAGUAUGAUGGCAAGAUUGCAGAUGUGUGGUCUUGCGGUGUUACCUUGUACGUGAUGUUGGUUGGAGCAUAUCCUUUCGAGGAUCCUGAAGACCCAAGGAAUUUCAGGAAAACCAUUGGGCGUAUCUUGAGCGUGCAGUACUCCAUCCCCGACUAUGUGCACAUUUCAGUGGAAUGCAGGCACUUACUUUCCAGGAUAUUUGUUGCUAACCCUGCUAAGAGAAUCAACAUUCAGGAAAUUAAAAACCAUGAAUGGUUUUUGAAGAAUUUACCAGCAGAUCUCGUGGAUCUUGCCGACAGGAGUUACGACUUUGAGGAUCCCAACCAUCCUCCACAGAGCAUCGAGGAAAUCAUGCGAAUUAUAAGUGAAGCCAGGGUGCUAGGAACAGGUGCUACAGGGGAUUACUUCGGUGAUAGCGUAGAUGACAUGGACUUGGAAAACGACGUAGAUCCCGAUGCGGAUCCCGAUGUGGGUAGCAGUGGGGAGUUUGUGUGCGCAAUGUAGGGUGGUAGCUAUAAGUAAGAAAUAUUUUUCAUUCGAAAUUAGAUUGGAUAAUAGGAGGUAAAAUGGUGUUGUAGUUAGAUAGAGUGGAAUACCCAUGUGUUUUUCGCUCUUUCUGUGGAUAGUUUUAUUGCACCAAAUCUCGAUGAUACCUAGGACGCGAAUUGGAAUACUUAACGACGAAGGCCACUACGUCCCCGCCUGUCGUCUUCAACAACGGUGUUGAAGCUGUAGUGUACAAUGCACAGGAAUUUAUUUGAAGAUGAUUGUCGUGGUUGUCGAAGGUCCUGGAACGUGGGGUCUUCUGAAAUUUGUGGAUCCUCGAGAACCCCCAGCCGAUGGGUGACGGAGGUGGAGAUUCUCAUGCGCAUGCCAAGGAUAAUGGUGAUUUGGCCAGAUGCGGUUAAGAUCGUCACAGGAACUUUCGGAUUUCGAAUACCUACUACAGUCUUUCUUUGCCCAAUAUCUUUUAAGGCGGUAGUUCAGGUAGAACCGGGUGUUUUUUUUUAGUAUGCCCCAGCGAAUAUAACUUGAUGGCUCAGGUCAACUGAGCUGAUGUCAUGGUAAAAUCCUUGUUUUUCCUACUUGUAACACCAAAUUAUCCCUUUGGGAAUAUCUCUCGUCGUUGGUGUUUUUAAAUCGAAGUGAAGUGUAGCGCACUAAAUGAAAUACGCUAACCCAAGCACGCUUCUGUAAUUUUUUGUAGUUCUUUUUUGAGGAGUCGGCGUUAAUUGCAGUUCAUAAGUGGAUAUGCAGAAGUCACGCUUGACAGUUUAAAAGGGAAAACAUCUUAGGCGUCCACGUAGUUCUUAUCUUAUGCACCUUCUGUUUACGUGCCAUUUGGUGCAAGUUUAGGAAUCCUGGACUCUACUUGGAGUUGCCACUGGAAAUUUGAUGUUUGGCCCUGUUCCUACCACGUGUGUGGAAAGUAAUGCACCUGUAUGUUUCUUAA